AUGCCAGGCCCGGGCUACUACAACGAGCCGCCCGUCGUCUACCCGGGCGGCGCGCCCCCCGGCGCGAGCACCUCCAGGUCCACGCGCUUCCGCAAGGCCUGGCACGCCUUCGAGCGCACCUGGCUCGCGCCCGCGCGCGAUGUGCUCGAGGCGCACAAGCACGAACUGCUCCUCUCCCCUUCUUCCGACCCGCCCUUCGACCCGCAGACCGCCGACCCCGAAACCCUGGCAGAGUGGGACGACGAACAGCACCGCGCGCGCGAGGCCGCGAUCCACGCGGCGCAGGACGAGUUCUACGAGCGCGCGCGCGCGGAGUGGGCGGCAAGGCUGGAGGGCGUCGGGCUGCGCUUCGGGGAGUGGGGAUACGCGACGCCGAUGGAGCGCGCGAUCGUGGAGAAGGCGCUCGGCAUGCCCGUGACGAGCAUGAGCCGCAUGGCCAGCCAGCGCUCGAGGCGCGCGAGCGAGCCUUUUGUCAGCCGGACAGUUUCGGGAAGGAGUAGGACUGAUAGCGGGCCUGGUUAUGCGGGCGGUGCGACGCCGAUUCGCGCGAGAGACUAUGCCCAUACCCGAGAGUUUGAAGAAGAAAUAGAACAGGAAGAGGCGGAGUCGCCUCAGACAGAGUAUCAGGAGCAACGGGAUGAGAGGGUGGAAGAAACGGAGCUCCAGCGGACCGAAAGUGCGGGGAUGCAGCGAGGGAACUCCAUCCGACGGCGGUGGGGGACGCUCACGAGGAAACUCAAGCCGGCGCUGAAGAAGCCGACGGUGCAGAUAGACGAGGCGCAGAUGACAGAGCGAGAAGUCCACCGCACGGAGAUCGACAUGGAGGGCGAGCCGGAUGACGAAGCAGAAAGCCCGGCGCCAGGAUUACGGCGCAGAGCGCAGACAACACGAAGGCAACGACGAGCAAGAAUGACGCAGCAAGACCAGGCAGUAGAUUUUCCGUACGAGGACGAGGAUGAAGAUCCGAUGCACCGGCGGCCAUACGUGACGUACCGGAGCCCGGCACCUGCAGAUGUGCAGCCUGUCUUCCCUGAUGAGGAGUACGGAGAGGAGUACGGGACGCCGCCGCCGCCGCCUCCACCGCUACCAGGAGCGCAGGCAGGACGAACACGAUCAGACACGGGCUGGAGCAGGCAGAGCGGACGGAAGAUGGAGUACACGGACUACGUGUCGGAGGAGUCGGGGAUGGAGAGGGAGGAGAGAGAAGAGCGACGGCGGGAGGUGAUGACGGGCGAGAGCGGGAGACGGUGGGGAGGCGGGCGGAGGAAGCUGAGAAAGAGGGUGCGGCCGGCGAAAGAGCCUGAGAGGGGCGUAGUGGCGAACGUACGGAGGAUCGUGGGCAGGUCCAGAAGUCGGACGAGACCGCCCAGCUUGACCUGA